CGUGGAGCAACAAUCCCGCAAUAUGACAAAAAAGGAAAUCAAGCUAAAUAUUUCUUCUCAUAUAAACACGGUGCGCCAAACAGCAGUGCCAGUGGUUACGCUGGAAUGGCGACUUCCAUUCAGCUGCUCGUUGUGUCGUCGACUGCCCAACCUUCCGCCAAAAAAUACACUUCGGGCCAAAGAACGAGCUGGUGGGGUGAGCAAAGAUGGCAGAUGCCAAUGCCACACUACCUGAUGCAUCGGCCGACGGAGAUCAAGCUGCUGCAAACUUUUCGGUUUACAUGCCAACUAUAUUAUCAUAUUUAGGGUGCGGGCUUUCCAUAGGACUUUGUGUCCUGGUCAUCAUUACAUAUCUGCUUAUCCAUCGGUUCGAACCUAAGGUUGCAAACCGAGUCUCACUGCGCAUUGCUGUGUUCUGCUCGCUCUUGGACCUAUUGGCGGCUGUUUGGUACUUAGUAGCCACUGCACCUUCCUUAACGGGACCCGAUAUUUCACUAUGCGGAUGGUCGAUCUUUCUCUACAACAUCUUCCAGCUUGCGUCUUUGCUGAUGACCGCAGCAAUAUCCGUCAACCUACUUAUCGUUUUUGUAUUCAAGAAGCCCCACCGGAGCUACUACGAAUACAUUUAUUAUGGGGCGACUUUUGUGAUCUCCAUCGGCUUCCCGACGGCUUGUAUGGCCAGGGGCUAUUAUGGCUACACUAUUAGUGGAGAGUGCUGCUGGUACACGGUUGACGACGAUACCUACACGGAGGAGGGCGCUCGCAUAUGGGAAUGGGUCACCCUCUAUGGAUGGGUCGUAGCGAUCUCGGGCUUCUGCUUCCUGACGCUGGUCCUGUUCUACAUAAGCGUUAGCCGCCCCUUCAAAAGCGAUACCAGUACACUGGAGAAUCCGAGUCUUGCCACAAAUGGGAAGCACAACAACUUCGGCGAAACGCAACUGGCAAUUCGUCGUGUCGUCAGCCGCCUCAAAUGGUACUCGGUUGUUCCGUUCGUGUCGCAGAUGUUUUCUAUCCUCUCGGACCUGGCCCCGCUCAAGGGCGAUGCCAUGUCGGUCGUUUAUUGUAUCGCGAAUUUCACAGCUGGAGCGCAGGGCGCCAUCAUGGCAGUGAUUUUCUUCACGCUGGACCCAGCCGUUGCAUUUGUGCGUGAGAAAUUUCGAGGUUACAUGGUCUCAAAAUAUUACCUGAGACAAUGCACAGGCGACCACAUCGUAGCUACCUCAACAACACCAUUUGCUCAAUCAGCCGCGAUUUAUUCACCGGCCGCCGACUCCGGUCCGGAUUCAUCGAGCUUAUCGCAUGCAACUUCGGGGGCUUCAGGCACACCGUUCACCGGUGUACCGCCCCCCCGCUGGACGCCAAAUUGGAUAGCCUACCGCCUAACCGAGACCUGCCUUCUUCGCCCUGAUGACGCGGCAAAGUACCUUGAACGAAAGCGGGAGAAGGCGAGAAAGCCUCUCGGGAGUGGGCAGCGGACAAGGUUCGCAAGACAAAGGACAGCCAAUGUUGUUUCGUCGGUCACUGGAACUAACGCAGAAGCGGAGCGCCUCAUGGAUGGCGACGUUGCAUUUAUGGGCAGCAUGGACGCUCUAGCAUCUCUGUAAACGUUGUUUGUUUUUUUGUAGUACAAUUUAUACCCAGACAUCAUAAUUUAACAGUAAAGGAUCCCACCGGCCUCCAGGUUUUGGUGAACGGCGAUUCGACGGCUGCGAACAACAACGGUGCCAACGCGUUCAACUUUAGGACGUCGGAGCGGACUCGUUGUCACCAUAGCACCUUGAGGGUGACACGACUGAAGCCGUAAGGCACCAGACCGGGGCGUUGGUGGCAUCGGGGCCGCGGGAAACAUCAACAGCGGGACUGGCAAUCUCACAUUGGGCGGCAAUCUCAUUUUGAACUCCGAUCCCACCACCGGAUGAAGGUGGAAGUACCGUUGAAUGUUGCGGUGAAGUUGAAUACAAACGCGGGCGACUUGCAAGGUAGAGUGCAGAGUACUUUGAAUAUUCGUUGCCGAGUUGAGGAGCGUAGUCCCGGAGACGACAAGAUCACCUGCG